ACAGGAAAGGAUCAUGAGCCACAAUCUCCUUAAUCUCAAUUUUUAGAAACUUUAGCAUUGGGCUUUUUGUAUCCAUGACCACUUUGUAACCAGAAGUAUCAAUACCAAGUCAUUUUAGGAAGUGCGGUAACACUUUGGAAGCAGCUCGAUGUGCUGAUGGGUGCGAACCGUAAUGGUGACGUAAAGGAGGUGAAUCGGAAUUACUACGAUCGCGAUGUGUGUCGCCUGUACUUGUCUGGCCUUUGUCCUCACGAGUUCUUCUAAUUAACGAAAAUGGAUAUGGGGCCAUGUCCAAAGGUCCACUCUUUGCAGCUGAGGAGAGAGUAUCCUUAUAUUACUCACAAUGCUGGAUAGCCUUUCAUUUGCAUUUGCAUUUGCAUUUCAUUUGCAUUUCAUUUGCUGUUCAUUUCAGCCUCAUUUCCACAACAUUUGCAGCUUUAGCUUGCUGCACUUUGCUGCUACCGUGCUAUUGGUGCAGCUCUCCCUUCAUUUUGCUGCCAUUUUGUGCAGCUUGAACACCACAACUCUAACAGUUUUCUCAAGAAGAGAGAAACAAGAGCUGCAAACUUGAUCGGUAUGAUGACAGGAGAAAGAAGCAGAGAUCAUGAGAGAGAAUCAAGUUGGGACUGAGACCGAGGGAAUAGCUGUGACCAAGGGAGGGAUUAUGAUCAUAGGAGCAGAGAUCGUGAGAGGUAUAGUGAUCGAGGUCGUGCUAGGAAUUAUGAGUGCUUUCAGACUUAUGAUUCUAGAAGUCACCACAAGUCACAUUCAAGGUCUAGGGAACGCUCCAGGGAUUAUGAUCGCCACAGGUACUUAAAUACCUUUAAUAAAAUUAAUUCUUCUACUAUUUUAUUAAGGGUAUUUAAGAAACUUAUAGAGUAAACUACAUUUUUAAUAUACUGUCUGUCCUAUAUACUUUUUUAAUAGAAUAUCAUUAAUCAUGUAUAGUGAUUACUUAUUCCAUGACAUAAAUUUGUUGUAAGUUG